AUGGCUACCUACCUUCGGUUGGUAGUUCUCUUGCUCCUGACGAUCCACGUUUCGUCAUUCCUCUUCCCUAGUGCCGGAGGAGGUGGCGGCGGCGGAGGCUGCGGAGGUGGCUGCGGAGGCGGCUGCGGUGGCGGAGGAGGAUGUGGAGGAGGAGGUGGAGGAUGCGGAGGUGGCGGGGGAUGUGCUCCACCACCACCACCACCAGUUCCAUGCGGCGGAGGAGGUGGCGGCGGAUGCGGUGGAGGAGGUGGAGGAUGUGGCGGAGGAGGCGGAGGAUGCGGAGGCGGAGGUGGCGGAGGAUGCGGAGGUGGAGGCGGAGGAUGCGGAGGAGGAGGCGGAGGAUGCGGAGGAGGAGGCGGUGGAUGCGGAGGAGGAGGAGGCGGAGGAUGCGGAGGAGGAGGUGGUGGAUGCGGAGGAGGAGGCGGUGGAUGCGGAGGAGGAUCUUCCGGAGGAUGUGGAGGAGGAAGCUCAGGAGGAUGCGGCGGAGGAGGUGGUGGAGGAUGCGGAGGUGGAUCUUCAGGAGGAUGCGGUGGAGGAAGCUCCGGAGGAUGUGGAGGAGGAGGCGGCGGAGGCGGCGGAGGUGGAUGCGGCGGAGGAGGAUCCAGCGGAGGAGGUGGAUACGCUGUUGCCCCAUCCGGAGGAGGCGGAGGAUGCGGAGGAGGAGGUGGAGGUGGAAGCUCAGGAGGAGGAUACGCAGUCGCCCCAGCCCCAUCGUAUGCUUCAUCCGGAGGAGGUGGAUACGCUACCAGCGGAGGAGGAGGAUCCAGCGGAGGAUACGCUACCGGAGGACAAUCUGGAGGAGGAUACUCAUCAGGAGGAAGCUCCGGAGGAGGAUACUCAACUGGAGGAGGAGGAGGAUACGCCGGCGGAGGCGGAGGAGGAGGCGGAGGAUCCAGCGGUGGAUACGCCGGAAGCAGCGGUGGAGGAGGAUACUCAGCACCAGCUGCACCACCACCACCACCACCCCCACCACCACCAGCACCAGCUCCAGCACCAGCCCCAUCAGGCGGAGGCGGAUACUCUGAACAAGCAAGUGGUGGUUCUUCUUAUCCAUCCCGCUUCAGAUUCUCGCGCUUCUUCAACAAGGCAUAA